AUGGCGUCCCAAAUAGACCGAGCAGCUGGGCAGGCGAAGAAGAGGUUUUUUACACCAAGACCACCAGCAAGUUUGGGCAUACAGACCCGGUCCCACGCUACAAGGCACUUGGCCCCAGAGAAAGAAUCAUCAUUUUCAAGAUUGUCACCAUUCUCUUAUUUCCCUGCCACCGCCAGCAGGUCUCUUGUGUUCAGAGCAAUGCUUGACAACGAGAUGGAAGAGAGCCGGAGCGGCGUCAUCGAGAUGUACGACGUGUCCUAUGAUGUCCUCCGUGCUUUUGUCCACUACAUGUACACGGGCGAGGCUCUCCUGGACGAGCAAAUGGCCUGCGAUCUCCUGGUGUUGGCCGAGAAGUAUGAGGUAAAGCACCUGAAGACCUACCGCGAGAAGUUCAUCACAUCCAAGGUGAACAAGGACAACACCAUCGUCCAUUACGCGUUUGCGCACCGGCACGACGCGAAGCAGCUGCUCGAGGCCUCCAUGUCGGCGCUCAUGGAUAGCAUGCCCACACUGGCGGAGCGGGGAGAGUACAAGGAGCUUGUCGAGAGGGACCCGAGGAUCCUCGUGGAGAUCUACGAGACCUAUGUCAGCCGACAGGACAAUACUGCCGCCGAGAGGGAUUCAGAUUGCUGCUGUAGCAAGUGA